AUGUGGAUAAAAAUAGAUAAACUUGACCAUGAAAAUAAUCAAAUCUUAGCACUCCCAAAGAACGAUUCACUUAUUGGGAAUAAUCUAAAAAUACCUCAUUUUCCGAACGCUCGUCCAUAUCCUCCAAUUGACAAAGAUUUAAGUCAUGAAAAUGCGAAACGCCGAUCUGUCGAUGAUGAACACGGUGAAAAUCAUUUGCCUGAUAUUGUGCCGCCUGUUAAUGAGGACAAUAAUGUGCUUGUGCAACCUGACUAUAAGGAAAAGUCUAGAAUUAUGGGCGGUAAUGAACCUGUUGAAAGCAGUCGUUCAGAUAAACUAUCGGUCAUAGCCAAAUUAGGCUUAUCUCCUAGUUCUCCUCCUCCAAAAAGCGACGAAUACUCAACAGGUCCAGGUGAAGGUGGUAAAGCAUAUACAGUAAAUCGUGAAGACUUAUCACCAGCUGAACAGUUAAUAUUCGACAAGGGUUGGGAAGAUAAUGCCUAUAAUCAAUAUGCUAGCGAUCGAAUUAGUGUGAGACGAUAUUUGCCAGACUAUAGAGAAGGAGCGUGUAAAGUCGAUAAAUAUAGAAGUAAUCUGCCCUCAGCAUCAAUUAUAAUUUGUUUUCAUAAUGAAGCUUGGUCAGUAUUAUUACGUUCAGUACAUUCAGUGAUAGAUCGAUCUCCACCAAGUUUGUUAAAUGAAAUUAUACUUGUUGACGAUUUCUCUGAUCGUCCCUAUCUCAGAGAAGCACUAGAAGAAUAUAUGGGAAUAGCAAGAAUGAUUGGUGCAGAACACAGUACUGGGAAAGUGCUCGUGUUUCUAGAUUCGCAUAUUGAAUGUACCACAGGUUGGCUUGAACCACUUUUAGAUCGUAUUGCUUACAAUUCGUCAAUUGUUGUUGUCCCUGUAAUAUCGACUAUAAGUGAUAAAACGUUGAAGUAUAAUUUUCUUAAGGCGGCUCAUGUUCAAGUUGGUGGAUUUGAUUGGAGUUUAACAUUCCGAUGGCACGAACAAACUGAACGUGACAAAAAUCGACCUGGUGCACCGUAUUCACCUGUUAGAUCACCUACCAUGGCAGGUGGUUUAUUUGCUAUAAGUCGUGAGUAUUUUAAUCAUCUUGGGAAGUAUGAUUCUGGGAUGGAAAUAUGGGGAGGUGAAAAUUUGGAACUGUCAUUCAAAGUUUGGAUGUGUGGUGGUAGUUUAGAAACUGUCGUGUGCAGUCUUGUUGGACAUAUCUUUCGUAGUCGUUCACCAUACAAAUGGAAUAUUAAUGUAAAAGAUCCUUUGAAAAGAAAUCUACUCCGUUUGGCUGAUGUAUGGCUUGAUGAUUAUAAACGAUUUUAUCAUGCUCGUAUUGGAUUUAACACUAUUGAUUUUGGAGAUGUUUCAGAACGCAAAGCCUUACGAGAAAAACUGAAAUGUCACUCAUUUGAUUGGUAUUUAACCAAUGUUUAUCCUGAAUUAUUUGUUCCUUCGAAAGCUUUGGCUUCUGGUGAUAUUGAAAGUGCUGUUGGUCCACACUGUUUGGAUUCACCAACUCCUCGUACUGGAGAUAAAAAACAAACUAUAAUCAAAAUAUGGCCAUGUCAUAAACAAGGUGGCAAUCAAUUUUGGUUAUUAUCACCUAACAAUGAAAUUCGACGUGAUGAUUUUUGUUUUGAUUCUGGUAUGAAAAACAAUACCGUUGGUUUAUAUCGUUGUCAUGGUGUACAGGGUAAUCAAAAAUUUACUUAUGACGAAGACAAUACUAUUCGUCAUGAAGGACAAUGUUUAGAGAUCAAUAUUGAAAAAUCCAGUGUUCAACUUGCCUCAUGUACUGGAUCAUUAAAGCAACAAUGGAAAUUUAAUCGCAAACCGUAUAUGCCAACCGCUGUAGAUUUUAAUCGAUUUUAA